AAUAUUUUACCAUAAUUCUAUCUCUGAUUAUAGAUGGUUACUAUACUUUGUUUGAAUGUCUUCCAAAUAAGAAUCCUAUUUUCAUCAUAUUUUUAUCAAGAAUCAAUUAUAUUCAUCCAAUAACAGUAUCCAUGACAACAGUAAAGAUUUUACAAGAUCAAGUGUAAAUCAAUGAAUAUGAAAUGGAACAAUUUAAUGUAAACCUACUAAAACCUACUAAUGAACUAUCCAAAGAUGAUAAUGAAAUUGAAUGUAUCCAAGAUCAUCCAUGUGCUUCUUCUUCUUCUUCUUCUCAAAAUGCAAUAUCAUCAAAACAAAAGUCAAAUGAAGUUAAUAAUUCAACUAAAGGUGAUUUAAUUAUAAAUAAUUUACAAAUAUCUAAUUCUAAAUUAAAUACAAUAUCAAAUGAAGAUGUUCGAAGACAAUCAAGUGUACAUUCUGAUCAAACAUUAAAUGUUACACAUCAUUUAUAUCCUACAACAUCAUUAUCACAUACUGCAUCAGCAUUUUCAAGUUAUUUAAGAAUUCCAUCUAUAUAUGAACAAAUGAAUGAUACAGUUGCAUCAACUCAUUCAGCUGAUUGGUCAAAAUCAUUACAUAGAUCAAGUUGUUUUAAUACACCACAUAGUUUAAGUGAAGAAGAUCAAAAAUUUACACAAGCAACAGUUCGUGCUGUAUUAGCUGCUAGUGCUAGAGAAUCACGUACAGCAUUAACUGAUUUACCAUUAGAUUUUUUUACAAAUCAUUCUGAUUUAUCUAAUAUUGAUAGUAAACUAAAUUCAUUAUCAGUUCAACAAUUAUAUCAUAGAAAUUUAUCUACUGAUAGUGCAUUCAAUGUGAAUAGAUUAAAUAUACCAUCAUCAAAAUAUCAUGAUGAAUGUAAAGAACGUCGUACUGAUCGUAAAUUUAGUACACUUUAUACUCAUAGUUUUGAUGAUACAAUUCAUGAUAGUGUAUUAUUAUAUAAAAGAGAUAAAUCACCAAUACCUAUGACAUCAUAUCAUUCUAAUAAUCUAAUAUUGAAUAGUACUACUAAUCUAUCUAAUUGUACUCAAUUCACUCGUAUACCAUCAUCAAAUAAGAAUAUUAUAGUUACUACAAAACAAAAUCCAAAAUCAUUAAAAAAUUUAGCUCGGCAAACAUCACAUUCAAUUAAUAGACCAUUAAAACGUUUAGCUGCUAGUUUUCGUUUAACUAAAACUAUUGGUCAUUCAUCAUCUGUUAAUUAUAAACAUCAUUGUUCACGUACAAAUAUGAAUUUAAAAUCUGAUCAUACUGUAUCAAGUUGGAAUUCUGUCACAAAUUGUAUUGAUUCAAUACAAACUACUUCAAAUACUACUACUACUACUAAUACUACUACUUAUACUACUACUUAUAAUAAUAAUAAUAGUAGUAGUAAUAAUAAUGGAAAAAAUCUACGAACACGUAGUGUUAUUCUACAAACAGAUCAUGAUUUCAUAAAUGAAUUUAAACAUGAAAAAGGUUUACAUAAAGGACAUUUAUUAUUAAAUGAUAAUGUAAUUGAUAAACGUAUUAAGAAUGAAUUAAGUGAUUCAACUGAUUAUGAUAUAAAUAGUUUAUUAAGUCAAGAUGAUAAUAAACCAAAUAGUAGUUCAUUUCAUUUAAAAGAACAAUUUUUUGCAUUUUUUCAACCAACUGGUAAUAAAUUAGCUAUGAAAUUAUUUGGUACUAAAUUAGCAUUAGAUAGAGAAAGAUUAAGACAAGAACAACAAGGUGAUUGGAUUAUACAUCCUUGUAGUAAUUUUAGAUUUUAUUGGGAUUUGGUCAUGUUAUUAUUAUUAAUUGCAAAUCUUAUCAUUCUACCGGUGGCAAUCUCUUUCUUCAAUGAUGAUUUAAGUAUUCACUGGAUCGUAUUCAAUUGUGUAUCGGAUACAGUAUUUCUUAUUGAUAUUGGCGUGAAUUUUCGUACAGGAAUAAUUAAGAAUAAUUUCGCCGAUGAAAUUAUGCUCAAUCCUAAAGAAAUUGCACGACAAUAUUUGAAAACAUGGUUCCUUCUAGAUUUAUUAAGUUCAUUACCAUUAGAUUAUAUUUAUCUUGUAUUACAUGAUAAUGAAAAUUUUACACAAUUUGUUCACGCUGGCCGUGCACUAAGAUUUCUACGUUUUGUAAAACUUUUAAGUUUAAUACGACUUUUAAGAUUAUCUCGACUGGUUCGUUAUGUUAGUGAAUGGGAAGAAUUUAUUAAUUUAGCAAGUAAAUUCAUUGGAAUAUUUAAUCUUGUUUUAUUACUUCUACUAUUGGGACAUUGGAAUGCUUGUUUACAAUUUCUUAUACCAAUGCUACAUGAUUAUCCAGUAGAAAGUUGGGUUGCUAAAGGUAAAUUACAAAAUGCUUAUUGGUUUGAUCAAUACACUUGGGCUUUAUUUAAAGCUAUGUCACAUAUGUUAACUAUUGGUUAUGGGAGAUAUCCACCGACUAGUUUAAGUGAAGCAUGGGUUACAGUGAUAAGUAUGGUCACUGGAGCUACUGGAUAUGCUUUAUUUGUCGGUCAUGCGGCAGCAUUAAUACAAUCAUUUGAUUGUUCAAAACGUCUUUACAGAGAGAAAUUUAAACAAGUGGAUGAAUAUAUGGCAUAUAGAAAACUUCCACGUGGUCUACGUAAACGUAUUGCUAGUUAUUAUGAACAUCGAUAUCAAGGAAAAAUGUUUAACGAGAAUGAAAUUCUUAAUGAACUUUCAGAAUGUUUAAAAGAGCAAAUUAUUAAUUACAAUUGUCGAGCUUUAGUUGCUGCUGUACCAUUUUUUACAUUUGCUGAUCAAAAUUUUGUCUCAGAAGUAGUAGUUAAAUUACGUUAUGAAGUGUUUCAACCAGGUGAUUUGAUUAUUAAGGAAGGUACAAUUGGUACAAAAAUGUAUUUUAUUCAAGAAGGUAUAGUGGACAUUGUUACAAGAGAUGGAGAAGUGGCCACUAGUCUGUCAGAUGGUUCAUAUUUUGGAGAAAUAUGUCUAUUGACAAAUGCACGUCGUGUAGCAAGUGUUCGAGCUGAGACCUAUUGUAAUGUUUAUUCAUUAGAUAGAGCAAGUUUUUUGGAAGUAUUAGAUAAUUAUCCAUUAAUGCGUAGAACUAUGGAAUCUGUUGCAGCUGAACGUUUAAAUAAAAUUGGACGUGAUCCUUUAGUUGUUAGUAAUCGUAAAGAUUUAUAUGAUGAUUUAAAAUUAGUAAAUGAAAUAGUAAAUCAGGCUAUUCGUGAAGCAGAUGAUAUACAAAUCGAAGGAGAAACAGAAGAUAGCUGUGAUGAAGAUGGUGUUGAUGGUUAUAAAACUAACGAUAAUACUAAUACUACUAAUGAUCGGGGUGAUGUCAAUCAUAAACGUCACCAAAAUGAAAGAAAUUAUCAACCAUGUAAAAAAAAUAAUAAAUUCUCUCAUCCAGUAAAUUAUUUUAAACAACGUAAAUUAUCCCAUUGGAAUCCAUUAAUUUUACGUAAAAGUUCUGAACCAGAAUGGUUACAUCAUUCAACUAAUGAUAGAUCUAGUACUACAUCAACAUUAUUCAAUACAGGCAUUCGUAAAUGGUAUCAUAUUAAACAUGGUAAAUCAAAUAUAUCCAAGGUGAUUAAUAAAACUAAAAGUGUAGAUAAUUUAACAAUGUUUAAACUAUCACCAAAUCUUUCAAAUAAUUGGCAUAUAACUAAAUCAACACCGGUGAAUGUAACUGUUUCGGUAAUUAAUGAACAUGAUGGUGAUGAUGAUGAUGAUGAUGGUGAUGAUGAUGAUGAUGAUAUAACACCGAAAGAAUCAAUUACAUCUAAUACAUCAAUAAAAAUCAAUAAACAAAAUGAUGAAAAUAAUCUUUCAAUCAAUAAUAAUCAAUAAAAGGAUUAUUAUUAUUAUUAUUACUAUGAUUACGUAAUAUCUACAACCAAUAGAUACAUUUACAUAAAUAUUUUAGAUCUUCAUUUAAGUAUCAUUUGUGAAUAACAAAUGUAGAAUUAGUAAAUGAUCAUUGAACUAAACAAUGUAUUACUUUAAAUACACUAAUAUAUAUUAUUGUUCAUAUAUAGAUAUUUCAAUGUUCAGUGGUUGUGAAACAGUCUAAUUUGUUUAUCACCAUAUGUAUGUAUACCUGUUGAUUAAACAAUCUAUCUCAAUUAG